UCAUCACGAACUACAUAACCUCACCAUCACCCUUCCCGGGAAAUUUAAAGCUACUCUGCAAAAGCAUUGAUAAGCGCAUUGUUGACUCUAUGGAAGUGUUAUUUCCCUUGAUUAAUUUUUCAUUUAUGAAAUGUUGUGCCCGGAAGUAUGGAAUUUCAAGCCUCCGCGACAUUACGAGAAGAUUGAAGAUCAGAACGAUCGGCUAGAAGCUGUAGCUAAUGUAAUAACAAAGCACUAUUUUAAUCAUUCGGUAUCUGUGAUUCUACCCGAUACAGUAAGUGUUCCCGGAAAUCUUUUGGAUUCGAUCAAUAAUGACAGCGAUUACUACAAAGUGAAGGGGUUACGUGCUUCCGAGCUAAUCAGCAAAGAAUUCAUAGAGGCAUUUGUAAAAAAAGGUCGUUUAACUCUAUUGACAAUAGAAAAUAGAAUUGAUCUUCACAAUUGCCUUGCACUUACUCCAUCUGGUUGCUUGAUACUAUCAUUGACGAGAGAUGACUUUCAAACACUUGGACUGGAGGGAAAACCAUCGUUUUUUGUCAGAAAGACAAAAUCGCGUUAUGUUGUGACCAUUAAUCUGAAGGAUGACAACUUCACUCCAGGGAGGAAAUUUUACGAGCACGUUCGACGCUGUUUCAAAGAGAGAUUUAAACAAACCUUUAAUGUAAUAUUAGCAUGGGAGCCGCCAGAGACAAAGGUUUGUCCUUCAUCCAUAGCUGCAUGGUUCCAUCAGCGUGGAUACGUAGUUUCUCUCUGCUCUCAAAGUUUUAUUAGACGAGCCGAACACUCCAUAACAAUACCACUCAUCGAUGACGACACAGAUCAUGAGAAAUUCUUCGAAUGGCUUGGAAUCCUCAGCGUUGGCGGAGAUUUGAAGAACGUUGAGAAUUGUGACUACGUGAAUUCAUACCAAUGUCCUACUCCGUCAACUCUAGUGGGUCAAGUGCAGUACUUGCAGUGGACAGGACUUUUUACUUGUGCCCAAGUUCAGAAGAUUUACAUCGCUUUGAAGGAGUUCCUUCAGAGUCGAGAAGAUUUACUUUGGGUUAGUUUACACAUCCAAGGCUUCGAAGACGCUCCCAUUAGUUGGGAUCUGAAGGAGCACAGUUUCUUUACAGAUGGAGAUAAUAGCUAUACCUUUGUACUCCGAGUCGAUGGGAAACACAUACUUCGACGAAGCUUGAGCUCAAAUAAUAAGUUAAGAAUUUUCCUUUAAAGACAUCUCUUAAUCAUUAUAAAAUUAGGCACUGAAAUAAUUGUUCUGGUUCAUGUACUUAAUACACUUUUUUUUUUUAAUAAGAUCUGCAUAGCGUUAAAAAUAGAAAAUAACAGUGGUAAUCGACAAAUUGAACAGAAUCUACAUAGAGUAUAACAAAUGUUACGAUAAAAUGAUACUCCUCUUGUUAAAAAUGCGUGCCGUCUUGACUAGAAAUAUUCGUUAAAAGAAAAGACCUAACGGUAUUCCGGCUAUAGUAUUGCUCUCAUUUCGUCUUCAUUUUCUAAGCUGUUUGUAACUUAAUUAUGUCGUAAAAUGAGAUCAGGCCUAGGGGUCGAGUUCCCUCGACACCCUCUGAAAAAGCUACUUAUUAAACGCAUAAAGAGUGCUGCAUUUUCUUAAA